GAACUCUUUUAAGGCAUAAGUAUACUAUUGCCAUCAUCUCUUUCUUUUUAUUCAACGUCACAAUAAAAAUGGCAGCUACCAGCAAAGUUCUCGUGAUAAUCGCCCUAUGUCUGCUACCAGUUCUUACAUACGGAGACACCUGUCUGGCACCUCAGGUCAAAUCCCAGUUCUAUUCAACACCAGAGGCAGUUGUUUCUUCAGAAACUGUUCUCAUUGCUGAGUUUACUGUCAACUGCAAAAACAAUUUGAAGAACAUUAAUUUGUAUGCUGAUGUUGGCGGUAGGACCAUUCCAGCUACCAAAACAAGCGAGCCAAAUAAGUAUCAGAUUAGUAUAACAGAUGAGCACAAGAAGUUACCCUCUGGGAAUUAUGAAAUAAGAAUAUUUGAUGAAGAAGGUUUUGCUCUGUUGAGAAAGGCACAGCGCAGUGGUGAGAGCACAGACAGCCUUAAACCUUUGUUUACUCUAACUUUGAAUCAUCCAGGCAUUUGGUCAGGUCCAAUUGUUCAAACCGAGUUUGUUGCUGCAAUGUCAGCAAUAGUUGUUUGGUGGAUGGCUUAUACAGCUCGUGCUAAACUUCUAGCCUAAGCUCUAUAUGAUUAUGAGUGUAUGCAGCCAAUGUCCUUUCCAUUUUUCUUUGUGACACAUGCAUUAUUGUUUUCUUUUGAGAAUGUUAUGAAUUUGUCUUUAAGAUAUUAUAGUGUGUUUGUUGUCCCGUUUGCUUCAGUGUUUUCUGUAAUAAAUAAAUAAUUCCACUA